UUUCAGCAAAAAGGGGAGAUUGGCGCUGAGCGUUGCCACCGCAGAGGACAGGCAGGGCAGCGCCGCCGCCGAGGAGGACCCGCAGGGUCGCACCGCCGCCGCCCCAGUGAAGCGCUCCGCCUCGCCGCGGCGGUAAUCAACGCCGCCGAGCCCCCGCGGGAACCAGCUCCGUCGAGUCGCCGGGGAACCAGAAGAGGGACGUCGUGCGCCGGGAAGCAGCGACGUGCCGCCGCGGUCCACGGAGGAGCGCCACCCUGACCGCCACGUCCGGUUUCCCAGGUCGCCUCUCCUUUUCCUUCACAUCAGUUUGAUGCUUGUGCAGUUUGGGUUCAGAGUUAGCACGGUUUGGGUUUAGUUUUGGUUUCAGAAUUAGCUGAUAAUAUGUGUAGUUCUAUGAGUUUGCAUCAAUAUUACCGCUGCACCAAAACAAUGCAUUGGAAAAUCAUUUGAAAUCAGAUUUUCAUAUUCUUUGAUUCUUGAUGCAUUUUGAGAGGACAGUGGCAGUAAAAAGAAGAGCUGAAUUAGAAUCUGAAUUCGAUGCAAUAAAUAAUAUACCAAUAAUUAAGAUGAAGACUCCUAUGUUGGUGGAAGCAAGCGAAGUAUACACUCCGAUUAUUUUUUAGGCUUUCCAAGGUGAGUAUGAAAGAUCAACGGCUGCAUGUUGUAGAGUAUUGGAUGGAAAUAACAGAUUUGUUUUUGCUAUUGCGAGGUUGCAUGGAGAUUUACAGUUUGAGGAGGAGCGCAUAGUGAUAGGUGAUCCUUUGACCAAAACGGUUUCAUGUAGUUGUGGGAUGUCCAAUAGGACAGGAAUCUUGUGUGCACAUGGUCUAAAAGUGCUUGAUUUGAUGAACAUAAAGACAUUGCCGGCACAUUAUGUUUUGAAGAGGUGGACUAGAGAAGCUCGCAAUGGAAGUAUACAAGAUAGACAAGGAAGGAAUGUGGUAGAAAAUCCAAAAAUGGAAGCUGAACUUUGAUACAAGGAUUUGUCUCAUAAAUUUCACAAAAUGGCACAAAAAGCAGCCAACUCUCCACAAUGUUGUAUUCUAUUGGAUAAUGCACUUGAUUCCGUCGCUCCGCAUAUACAUGAUUUACUCAAUGCAUCCACUAGUGCCAUGAAUGAACUAUGUAAAGACAAAGAGAAUGUUGACCCAAAUGUGCAGCAAGUAGAUGAGUUGCUUAGAUCUGCAUGGCUGAAGAAAAAAGAGGUUCAGUCAAAGAACUUAAGGAGAAAGAAAACAUGGCUUGAUAAGUUACUCAAGGGGAAGCAUAGAGUAACUAAAGGACCAACAAAACAGGGAGAAAAGCCACAAAGGAAGAAGGAUGGUGUGCAACAAAAGAAAAAAGAUGGUGUGCAGCCUCAAGUAGAAGUGGAGAAGUAUGACAACAACAAAGAAAUAAAUUUGGUGCUUCAAGAGUGCAAUAAUAUUAUGAGUUUCACCCAGCUCUUGACGGCUGACCAUGAUAAUCUGUUCUAGCAUGGAAGCUCCUUAGAUAAUAUUUUGUACAUGGUGGUGAUGAUGAUGAUUAUUUGUUCUAGCAUGGAACUUGUUAGAUAGUAUUUUGGACAUGGUUAACUAUAGUAGUAUGGGGUUAACUAUAUCAUUUUAAAGCCUAAGUGUACAAGUGAAAUGGCCGUUUGGUGGAGAAUUUGAAUGUAUCGAGCUUUUCAAUUACAAGCAAGUGGUACUGAAUUUCAAUCAA